GGUCUAAUAUCUUCAUAAGCAGAAUUAUCUUUGUUUAUAGAGAUUUCAAACACUAUUUCAAUGGAGGACUGGGAUUUGCUAGCUGUGGUCAGAUCAGGAGGGAACAGUAACAAUAUUUGUUAUGAAUCUCCAAACAUGGCCACUAAUAAUACCAUGAACUACACUCACCAAACGACAUCGUUCUUCGUUGGUAAUCCUCUGAGCGGUCAAGAAAACGACGAUGAUAAUCAUGGUGAUCACGAUAAUCACCUCUCCCUUUUCCAUUCUUUCCCUCAUCUUUUCGAAACGACAACACCUUUCGAUGAGCUUGAAGAGCUCUACAAGCCCUUCUACCCCGUUGAUCUGAAACCUCCGAUCAUGAACUCUCAUCUUCCGCCGUCUGAUCUUCCAACUGUACAACCCAAGCAAGAACCACCGCAGAAGAAUCUGACCAUGGUCCAAACCGCAAAACAACCAGCUCCACCUAAAUAUAAGAAGAGAAAAAAUCAGCAGAAAAGAGUGGUGAAAGAGGUUAGGGAAGAUGGUCUUUACUCGGAUAAGUGGGCUUGGAGAAAAUAUGGUCAGAAACCAAUAAAGGGUUCUCCAUAUCCAAGAAGCUAUUACAGGUGCAGUAGCUCAAAAGGUUGCUUAGCCAGAAAACAAGUCGAGAGGAGCCCUUCGGACCCAGAGAUCUUCAUCGUCACUUACACCUCCGAUCACAGCCACGCGCAUCCCACGCGCCGCAACUCUCUCGCCGGCAGCACACGAAGCAAGUUCCCAGUCGGUACGAUAUCAAAUAAUAAUAAUCUUAAUACCCCAUUAGAGGAUAAUAAAUCUCUUCUUGACUGUACGGAUUCAGAUAAACAAAAAAUAAUAAUGAGCUCGGAUAAUAGUACUACUGUUAAUACUAGUGUUCAUCGUGAGGAAGAAGAGGAUGUUAUGUUUGGAGAUAAUAAUAACGAGUACUUGUUUCCGAGUUUGGAGGAUUUGGAAAAGGGUUUAGAGGAGCUUGAUGAUGAAGUUCAGAGUGCUAAUACUACUGGUUCUAAUCCUAAGUCAGAUCAAAUAUUUGAUUAUAAUGGUGGGUUUGAUCUAGAUUAUGAGUUUUCAGAUCAUGAUCAUAAUUUUAUGGAUGCUUGGUUCAGUGAUCAAUACUCCACAACCGUGACCGGAGCUUGUUGACUCGUACAAAAAAGAGCAACCAUACACUAGUUUUAGCUAUAGUUAGAUUUUGAUUAUGACAUACUUUUUUUUUUCUUUUUUGGAUUCUUUAUUUUGCAAUAUAUAUAUAAAUAUAUAUGUAAUUUUGGGUUGAUUAGUGACAAAACAAAGAUGCAUGGUUUGUAAAGUAAAAAUCACAAUUUGUAUAUGCAGAAAGAGAUUAAUAGAAUUUGCAAGUAAUUAUCACUC